GAACUAGGUUAUAAUACCUAGCAGUAAAAGUUGUCAACUGCUAAAAGAAAGUAAUGCAGCUGUUGAUUAGAAGAAAAUUAAUAAAAUGUUAAGAUAAUUCAAAAAUCUAUUAAUUAAGUAUAUUGUGUGCAAAUAAUGUUUCAUAAGUUUUUUAUAAUACAGCAAUUUUUUGAGCGAAUAUUAAAAAAAUGAAUAACUCGUCAUCAAACCCGGGACCAGUUCCCCCUCGUUGGUUGCAUUGCCCUCGGAAAUCUAGUGGAUUAAUCGCUGAUAAAUUUUUGGCAUUUAAAACACCCUUAAGCGAGCGCUUCGAUAAGGAUGUACCACCGGAAUGUCGUUUUCCCCCAAAAAUGAUAUUCCAAACAAAACAAUUUAAGGCAAAAUUGGGCCUUUGGAUUGAUUUAACUAAUACAACUAGAUUCUAUGACAAAGCAGAUAUUCAAGCGGAAGGUUGUAAAUAUAUAAAAUUACAAUGUAGAGGACAUGGUGAGACUCCUUCGCUGGAGCAAACGGCGACAUUUGUAUCAUUAGUUCAUAAUUUUAUCACACAGCAUCCAUUAGAAAUUGUUGGAGUACAUUGUACUCACGGAUUCAAUCGUACUGGAUUUUUAAUUGCAUCAUAUUUAAUUGAAAAACAAGAUUGGAGUGUGGAAAGUGCUCUUGCACAAUUUGCAAGUGUUAGAGCACCUGGAAUAUACAAAGACGAUUAUAUAGCUGAACUUUAUCGAAGAUAUGAUGAUAUUGAUGAUGCGCCUCCGGCUCCUGAAUUACCUGAUUGGUGUAACGAAUACGAUGAUAAGGAUGAUGAUGGAGAAGAAGUAGGUCGAAGUAGUGAAGAGCAUGAAAAAAAAUCAAAAAAGAAACAAAAAAAUGCCACAUUUAUGGAAGGUGUGUCAGGUGUAACACAUUUUAAAGAACAACCAAAGGCGUUUAACUUACAACGUAAAGCUCAAAGCAUGUGUCAAUGGAAAAGUAAAGGAUUUCCUGGAUCACAACCAGUUUCUAUGGAUCGUACAAAUAUACGUUUGUUACAUGAGAAACCAUAUCGUGUAUCUUGGAAAGCUGAUGGAAUGCGUUACAUGAUGCUGAUUGAUAAAGAAAAUGAAGUAUAUUUUUUUGAUCGCGAUCACAAUGUAUUUAAAGUUGAAGGAGUUGCAUUUCCGCAUCGGAAAGAAAAACGGCAUCUUACAAAUACACUUUUAGAUGGGGAAAUGGUUAUUGAUCAUGUUAACGAAGAAGCGAUACCGCGAUAUUUAGUCUACGAUAUUAUUAAGUUCGAAAAUCAAGAUGUUGGAAAAUCUCCAUUUUAUCCAGUUCGAUUAACAUGUAUACAAAAGGAAAUAAUUGGACCACGGCAUCAAGCGAUUAUUGCAGGUCAUAUCGAUAAAACUAAAGAACCUUUUAGCAUAAGACAUAAAGAAUUUUGGGAUAUAACUCAAACGGUUAAUUUAUUAGGCGAUAAGUUUAGUAAAAUGCUUUCACAUGAACCUGACGGCUUAAUCUUUCAACCUUCGAAAGAACCGUAUACGGCCGGGAGAUGUGAUGACGUUUUAAAAUGGAAACCUCUUACGUUAAAUUCAGUAGAUUUUAAAUUAAAAAUUGUCACAGAUGCUGGCGAAGGAAUAUUACCUCGUAAAAUUGGUCAUUUAUAUGUUGGACAACUGGAUCGACCUUAUGCACAGAUAAAAAUUACAAAACAAUUAAAAGAACUGAAUAAUAAAAUCAUUGAGUGCAAAUAUGAAAACAAUCAGUGGGUGUUUAUGAGAGAACGAACUGAUAAAUCAUUCCCAAAUAGUUUCAACACUGCACAAGGUGUAUGUCAAAGUAUACGAGAUCCGGUUACAAAAGAAUUGUUAUUAGAUUUUAUUGAACAUAAUCGAUUUAUUGACGAUCAAGCUAUAAUGCCUCCGCCACAGAAAGUGGCACGACGUUAUUAAAAUUAUAAGAAGGAAUAUUUAUUAUGUGACUUUUUUUUCAAAUUAAAGAAGCAAUUU